UCCCCGGCUCCGGCAGCCCCAGCAGCCUGCCCGUGCCACCCCGCCGGGGAAAACUGCCAGGACAGCGAUAACAACACCCCCCGAAAAAUAAUAUCAGGACAGGCGGGCUGGCUGGGACGAGAGAAUUGCAAAAACAAUCCCCACCCCAUCACGGAGAGUGAGCUGAGCAAGGAGCAGGACGAUGUUUGACAACACGCAGUACCCCUAUAACUGCUUCAAUUACGAUGGGGAUGAUUAUCCUACCUGUAGUUCUGACGAAGAGAAAAAAUUCACCAGACCAGCGUACAGCUACAUUGCCUUAAUUGCAAUGGCCAUCCAGCAAAGCCCUUCAAAUAAAGUCACCCUCUCUGGCAUUUAUGACUUUAUAAUGAAGAAAUUUCCUUACUACAGAUCAAAUCAAAGAGCCUGGCAGAACUCCAUCCGACAUAACUUAUCGCUUAACAGUUGUUUUGUGAAGGUUCCCAGAACAGAAGGGAAUGAGAAGGGGAAAGGAAACUAUUGGAGCUUUGCAGCAGGAUGUGAAUCCAUGCUGGAUCUCUUUGAAAAUGGGAAUUACAGGAGAAGACGGAGGAGGAGGAACGUGAAAAGGGAGCACAAGGAGCAGAGACCGAGCAGAGUGAAAAGUCCUUCUUCCCCCAACACCUCUUCUGUGGACUCUGCUUUGAACAACGUUUCCUCUUCUGAAAGUAAACAUGAAAGAAUUGAAGGGGGCCCAAAACUUCUGGAGCCUUGUGGGUUUGCUCCAAACAGCGUGAGCAACAGGCAGAGCCUGAGCAAUUCCUCCUUAGCCAAAUCGGAUUCUGAAAUCAAAUUCAGCAUCGAUUACAUCCUUUCAGCCCCCGACCCUUUGCCUGUCCUGAGAUCUCAGUACAACAUGCAAGAUAAUAAAUAUCACCUCCUGGAGGCCCCACAUAUUAAUCUCCAGUUCUGGACAAUGUGAUGUUAUUUAUUCGUGGUACCAAAGUCUGAGUCACAGCGUGUUCUGCAGCCUCCUGUCACUGAAAAUCAGCGCCUGCCUCCUCGUUCUCCUCCCUCAGAAAGGGUUACAGACCCACCACACCAGCUGAUGCCCUGUCUGCACCCAAGGAACUUUGCUAAGAUUAAAGCAUAAAUAGCUGUUACCAAUAUCGGUUUUCACCACGCUGAAAUUUAUGAAAUUCUAGCUUUGUUUUCUAAACUGUCCUGGACAUCAUUUAGCACCACAAAGAAUUUCCUUUCUCAAGCAGAAUUCAACAGAGAAGAGACUUGCUUAUCAUCCACUGCUUUAUUAAGGACAAAGUGAAUUUGAUCCCACUUUCAGUGGUGGAAAUUAGGAUUAACUCCACUGGAGUAUAUAGGUCAGAACUUAAGCUGAUCUAAAACAGUGUAGUUCUGUGGACUUACACUGGCUGGGAAUGUAGUGGGGCAAGGGGGUGGAAAUUUGUUUCUUAAAAGGAAUUAUAGAAAAUCGCCCUGUCUUCCCUGAUUUUUUUCUUUUAACAUCUUAUUUCAAACUGUUUUGCAGCUUUAAUUCAUUGUUCAUGAGGAAACGUAGUUGCUGGUAAAUAUUUCAAGUAUAUUUUUUGUUUAUAUUCAGGGCAGAAUUGUUUAAAUUGUUGAAGUGAAGUUGUAUUCAAAUAAUUCCAAGAGACCUAAUUGCAAGGAUGCUGAACUCUGGUACUUUGAUGGGUAAUGUGACAGUCAAAGAGUCUCUUAAUGCCUUGGUUAAAAAAAACCCCAACACUUCUUCCCUUGUACUAUCAGAAAUCCUCCUGGGAUGCUGCAGAAAAGUCCUUAACCAUAUUUCAUUUAGCAAGAGUGAAGGGAAACCUGGCACUGCAAAAAUCUCUGUUGAGUGUGAAGCAAAGCUAAAAUUCCACCUACCUGCUCUGAGACAAGUUGUAUAUUCCCAUUAAACAGAUUUUUAUUGAUCCUCCUUGCAAGCAAUUACCAAAGUGGUGCUUGAUAUGAUUUCAGCUAAACUGGUGAGAUUUAUAAUUUCCAGAUAUCAGUGUUAGCUCAUGAGCUCCAUUUCUGAGAAAGCCACUUCAUUAUCAUUUACAUGCAGUGGGAUAUUUUGGAGCAGAACCUGAUGGACAAUGGUGAACUGUAAGGAGCUUUUAAGAAGUUACUUUUAUACAACUUGUUCACAAUGAUUUGCUUCCCAGAACACAAACAGCAUUAGCAAAGGCUCCACAAAAUCCUGGCUUUCACUUGGCUAUUACAAUCUUCACCUACUGCUAGAUAAAAGGAAAAAAAGACAAGAAUUCUGAUGGUUUUAAGCAAUUAAAUGCAGAGAUAAAAUUAUCUUUGCAACAGGAACUAAAGGUAAAUGAAGGUAUAUGAGAUAAGAUUCAGCAUAGAGGUAUGCUCAGGCAUGACUUGAAUUUUUAUGCAGAAGCUUUGACAUUUCACUAAGUUAUUUCACAUUGUGUCUAAUAUAUACUGUACAUUUAUACUAUAUAUUCUUAUAUAUUGUUAUUGAGAAAGGGAGCAAUAUCACUGCACUUAUAUGUUGUAAAAAUGCAUGAUGUAUGUUGUCAUGAUGCUGAAACUCCUGCCAUAUACUUAAAAUUUACCAGUGGU